AUGGACCCUGCUACUCCUACUGCUGUUGCCCCUGCCCCAGCCCUAGUCCUAACUCAGGCCCCAGCACAGGCAUCCCUGGCAUUCCCUGGCCCGUUAAGCCUAUCGCCCCUUCUGCUCUCUGGACAAGAAGUACAAGGGAGUGAAAGAGGAACUUGUCUUUGGAGGCCUUGGCUGUCCUCCACAAAUGACCCCCCAAGGCAGGUGAGGAAACUGAUGGAGUUGGCCACUGGUGGGGCAACAACUGCCGAGGUCACCAAGGCUGACUCCAAAUUCCAUCACCCUGUCAGGCUCUUCUGGCCUAAAUCCCGCUCCUUUGACUACUUGUACACUGAUGGGGAGAUUUUACUGCAGAACUUCCCUGUCCAGGCAACCAUCAACCUGUAUGAGGACUCAGACAGUGAAGACGAGGAGGAGGAAGAAGAGGAAGAGGACAAAGAAGAGGAGAAAAAGGAGGCAGACGUAAAGGGUCCAGAAGAGUGUGUGAGGACUCAUCUCUCAACACUUGAAAUCUAUGCUGCCUGUCCUUGA